GCGUGUGACAUGGCCACGGAUGUCGCCGAGCCCGUGGUCCCUGACUGCAGAGGGGACGGGAGGAGCGGUGCCAGGUCAGACGCCGACUACCCCCUCCGGGUCCUCUACUGCGGAGUCUGUUCGUUGCCAACAGAGUACUGUGAAUACAUGCCUGAUGUGACUAAAUGCAGACAAUGGUUAGAAAAGAAUUUUCCAGAUGAGUUUGCAAAACUUACAGUAGAAAAUUCACCUAAACAAGAAGCUGGGGUUGGAGAAGGCCAAGGAAAUGUGGGAGGAGAAGAAGAAGAGAAGAAGAAGCAAAAGAGAGGUGGAAGAGGUCAGAUAAAACAGAAAAAGAAGACUGUACCACAGAAAGUCACGAUAGCUAAAAUUCCCAGAGCAAAGAAAAAAUACGUCACAAGAGUGUGUGGCCUGGCAACGUUUGAAAUCGAUCUUAAGGAAGCACAAAGGUUCUUUGCUCAGAAAUUUUCCUGCGGUGCCUCAGUAACAGGAGAGGAUGAAAUCAUCAUUCAGGGGGAUUUUACAGAUGACAUUAUUGAUGUAAUCCAGGAGAAGUGGCCUGAGGUGGAUGACGACAGCAUCGAAGACCUUGGAGAAGUCAAGAAGUGAAAGACUACCUUUAUUUAAUUAAAUGGUUAUAAAUGAUAUAGCCAAAGUGAGGCUUCUAAAUCCAUUUGCUCUGCAGUGAAACUGUGGAGAACCCACACCCUUGGCAUUUUCACUGUUCUGUAUAGGCUGCUUGUUUAUUUUUUUUCUUUUUGUUGUGAUAUUUGCCAAAGUUAAAUCGGGGUUCUACCAUGCUUACGCAUGAAGUAGAUUUAAAUAAAAUUACUGUUCCUCACUGA